AUGCGCAGCAGAAGUAUGCCGACUGUGGGAUCAUAUGUUCGCAUCAACUCGUCCCGGAGAGCUUUUCAUAAAGGUUCCUGUCUGCGCGAGCAAGCCGGGACUCCUUUGGCGCAGCCUCAAUUUCUUGAAAACUACAAGCAGGCGGUCGAAUUUCCCCCUGCUACUUGCGACUUUCAGACCUUCCUCUCUCAAGCCUCGCCAGGUCAGGAUGUCGUCCUACACGGCUACCUCGGAGUUCGUAGCGAUUUAUCCAAAAAGUUAUCCUUCGUCCGUUUACAAGACCCAACCAUGAAACAUACCAUACAAAUCGUGUCGACUGGCCGCAAUGCGUCAUUUGAGCAGCUCAGAAACCUCAGGCCCAACAGUCCAGUAACUGUGAAGGGUAAAGUCCAGGCUAAGAAGGCGAAGGAUGCCGAGAUGGAGAAGCGUGACCCGUGGGAAAUUUCACUCGAGGAGAUUCAACUUCUCAAUGACUUUCCAGGCGAUAUCUGGAUGGCACCAGAUAUGGUACAUCCUCCCAAGCAUAGACAUCUGCAACUUAGGACUAGCAGCGAGCUACGUGAGGCGCUAGAGUUUCGAGCACGAGUGCGCAAUGUCUGUCGAGAAGAACUGGAGCAAGGCCGGCCCCCCUUUGUCGAGAUUGAGACCCCUCUGCUGUUCAAGUCCACGCCUGAAGGAGCUCGUGAAUUCCUGGUUCCUACGCGGAAACACGGUCUAGCAUAUGCGCUUCCGCAGAGCCCACAGCAGUACAAGCAGAUUCUCAUGGCUAGCGGUAUUCCUAGGUAUUAUCAAUUUGCUCGCUGCUUCCGGGACGAGGAUCUCCGAGCAGAUCGGCAACCAGAGUUCACGCAACUUGAUCUAGAGAUGUCUUUCGCGACAGGCGAGGACGUCAUGCGAGUUGUUGAAGGUGUUAUACGCCGACUUUGGUCGACCUUGAUGGACACCGAAGCUCCUUCUGGUCCAUUUCGAAGGCUGUCGUACCAGGAUGCGAUGAGUCGCUAUGGCUCGGACAAGCCCGACACCCGGUAUGGAAUGGAAAUCCACAGAGUUGAGCAUCUGCUGCCAGUGGACCUGAUCCACAAGAUUACCCCCUUAACAAAUCCUAUUGUCGAAAUCUUCAAGAUCGAAGGUAACGACAACGACCCGGCAGCUACGUCUGAAUUCAUCACAAGAUUCCUUGAUUCGCCAGCCGGUGCACCAUUCAAUGAGAACCCAGAAGGCGGGCCCGGUAUCUUUGUGUACGACGCAAAGAAGCCCUUGUGCGGACUACAGCCAUUCGGCUUUCAAGCUGCCGAAUAUGUGGAGGAUCUUUUGGAGCCUGACCACAGCGAUUUGCUUGUAAUCCAAGCCCGCGAAGCCGCCCCCUUCUCCGGCGGUUCAACGCCAAUUGGUGACCUUCGUCGCGCCCUUCAUACCGCUGCUGUGGAGUCAGGGUUCAAACCUGCUGCGACGGGAUUCGACUUUCUUUGGAUUGUUGACUUUCCCCUCUUCUCUCCAUCUAGCGACUCAGAGCCUGGCCAAGGCGGUGCUGCCGGUCUAUCUUCUACGCACCAUCCUUUCACUGCGCCAAAAAGUGCUGCCGAUGUGGAUUUGCUUCUCACCGACCCCACUAAAGUUGUUGCCGAUCACUACGACUUGGUAGUAAAUGGAGUAGAACUUGGUGGUGGUAGUCGUCGUAUCCAUGAUGCUGCAGUUCAGGAGUUCGUUCUCCGGGAUGUCCUCCAGAUGCCGGCUGAACGAUUAACGGAUUUCUCCCACCUGCUAGAUGCACUUCGCGCAGGCUGUCCUCCUCAUGCCGGACUGGCCUUGGGCUUUGACCGUCUGGUCGCUGUCAUGCUAGGCAAGGACUCUGUGCGGGAUGUCAUUGCUUUCCCCAAGACCGGAAAGCUUGGGGAGGAUCCGAUGGUCAAGGCUCCUAGCCCGAUGACUCAGGAGGCAUUGGGAACGUAUCACCUGCGCUUGGUUGAUGAGUGA